AAUACAGCCAUUUCAACAGCGCAAUUUCGAUUCUGGGUCAAAAAAAUGUUUCGACUCAGUAAAAAGACAUCUUCUAUAGCAGAAUACACUGUAUGCCAUGACAAUAAACCCGUAGCGACCCGCGAAGAAAUUUAUGAUAUCCUGGUUCAUGCGCACAAAGAAGCGCAUCAUGGAGGAAGAGACAAAACAUCCGCCUUGGUAAGAAAAGAAAAAGAAAGAACCCGUGAUUGUACAACUUUUUUAUUUACAAAAAUAAGAAUGUGGACUAACCCAUCAAAAAUUCUCAACCUUAAAAAUUCAGGUACGUAAACGAUAUUCUUGGAUACCAAAGGAAUUGAUUGCACGCUUUGUACGUCAUUGCCCGUUCUGUAUUUCAAGACGAAAUGGUUGUCAAGCUUCUUCAUCUCCUACUACGACCUCCGCUAGUAUGGCUACACCUAUGACAGCAACUACUACCACGGGUGAAGAGAUGGAGCAACAAUUUAACCAGCAUAAUCUCUUUUUUUAUCCUACUGCUACGAAACCCGCAGCUGCAGCAUCGUAUUAUCCAAAUCAGUAUUUCCAACCCUUACUAGAUUUCACUUUAUCUCAACAUCAACAAGAAGAGAUGGCAGGAGCAAAACCAAUUAAUAAUAUUUCAUUUCCAAAUAACACUAGUACGACGACAGAUUUCUUUUAUUCUUCCUCGUUUGACCACUUGCAGCAGUCGCAGGAACGAUUAACCUAUUCACCAAAGCCAUCGGUAAGCAAUAGCAAUAAUGUAUUCAAUUUGAAUAGCACAACCUUUUACCCAUAUUUAUACAAUGGGAGUGAUAAAAGUCAACAACAAGACACAACUGCUGCGGCUGUGGUAGCUGCUGCGGCUUUAGCUGCUGUCAAUUCUACCAAUGCAUCUACAGCAACCUUAGAACAACAACAACAGCAAUUUAUACAAUUACAGCAAUUUCAACAACAAUAUCAAUUGCAGCAGCACCAACAGCAACAGCAACAACAUCAAGUUUUGAUAGCAGAAACACCUCACUAUCUUCAAGAGCAGCAAAAAGAUCUAUUAUAUUCCCCGUUGACGUCUGGAAUGUUAUCUGGAUCCGCUUCUUCGUCAAUCAUCGCGUCGCCUCAACCUUCAUUACAGGAACCAACCGUUUACAUUGAAACCGAAGAGGAAGAGCAACAAGGAGAAAUAAGGGAAGAUAAUAUUCUUACUGAGCAAGCAUUGAAUGACCUUGCUGAUUUACUACAGCAGCAACAGCGACAGUUCGAUGAGGAAGAAGAAGCGCGUUUAAGAGAGCAAGAAGUGCAACCUCAAAUACCCUGUCCUGCAUCGCCAUCUAUUAAAUCCUGCGCAACAAAGUCCAUAAUGGCUACUUCCAUUUCAUCAACAAUCGAUAAUACUACUGCUCCUGAUGUUAUGUCAUCCACACCAAGAAGCCCUCAUACUUUGAUGAUAUCACAAGCCUAUUGAUGUUAAUUAUUAGUUUACCAUUACUAUGUAAUAUUUUCAAUUCACGCCUCCUUAGAAUAUUGACUUAACUUAUUUAUCAAUCUUGCACCCACAUCAAUACAUAUACGUACAUAUUUUAUGUUAUUAUACAAACAUGGUCUCAAUACAUAGAAGUUCGUGGGUUAGAACUAUGCACUUAGUUUACGCUAUAAUUAUAUGCUUUGCCAAUUAA